CACCAAUGCCCAGCCGAGCUGGACAUUUUGUCUCCUGUGUAUCCAAACUGAGGUCUCUGCUGGCACUGGAAAUGACAGAGCUUAAAGGGAUGAGUAUAACCAAAGCUUGUCAUUUGAUUUAAGGAAAAUGUCACAGGAAAGCACAAUCAUUGUAAAAUAUGUAUGCACUAAACCACACCCCAAUGCCAACAAAAAGUUUGUGUUAUCCUGAGAUUACACACAGGCACAGAGCUAGAAAAACGUGCAUUGAUGCAUUGCUAAAGAAAACAAAGCCGGAUGGGAGGGAGAGGAAGCUGGGAUUGACCUGUGAAACAAGCUUGUUUCUAAUUUAAAUUUAAAAAGAAAAGAAAGCUUGAAACUGCUUAGGGCCACUGGAGCCUUUUCUUGCAGUGCCAAGGGGGUGCCCUCUGCCUGACUGGUGCAGCCGCCCUCUGCAGCCCUUCCUUCUCAGGAGGCCACUGCUCUCCUCCUCCCACCCGUCCAGCACCUGCUCUUGAAGCACUGGGACUUAGGCUGCUCAUGGAAGCUGGUGAAGAUGGAAGGCUGGGGCUCCUGCUAAGACACUACAAACACUUCAUUUCUUUUCAAUAAAAUUAAAUUCUUCCACGAAGGUAUUUACUAUAUGCGACAAGUUUCCCUUUACCUCUACCUGUGUUCACCCUUCUCCUCCCAUCUUUGCCCCAAGCCCCACCACGUAGUUUCCACUUCUGUUUGCAUAUUGUUCUGUUAGUUCUUGUUUUCGUCCAUUUCAAGCAGAAUUGCAAAAAGCACGGAAGUUCCCCUUUCAGACUUCCUGGAGUGACUAAACGCUCAAAGUCCAAGAGUAGCAACACCGUUUCAAUCGUAAAACUAGUCCGCUUCACGUCACCAAGCAUUCACACCUUGACAGUAUGUUGGUCAAUUGCUGUCCAUUUCUGGACAUCCAGAUGACACUGCCUGUCCAUCUAGAAAAGGAAAACAACUGGAAGCCUUCCAGUAUUUUGUGUUUCAAGAAACUCAGCUUCUAGGACACAGAAUAAGUAAACCAGGCCCAUUGUAGAAUAUUGGACUCUAUCCCCAUCAUCCUUCUCUUCCUUUCCCCGCCCAAUGUCAAGUCCUGUAUACUCACUGGUUGUGGGUGGAUGUGGGGUGGAGGAGUUACCAGCAUAACCCAUCCCUAUCAGUAAACCCAACCUGGUUAGGAAUCUUGGCUUCUUGACAUCUCCAGAGCCUCUUCUGUCAAAGCACAGGCUGCUGAGGACUUGGAGUCAUCAGAGCUGUGGUGAGAGCAAAUGCCUCCCCCUCUGUGAGAUAAAGGGAGGGCUUAAGGUAGAUGGAAGAGCACCCAUCAUGUUUGUUCAGAGGCUUGUUGGAGAGGUAGGACCAGGGGGGUCAUGGUGGGGUAUGAAUGUCAGGCUUGUGUGAAUCUACAGAAUCCCUUGAGGGUUCUAUAUCCUCUUAGAAACCUGACUGUGUUGCAUGGUAAGAAAACAUGGCUCCAGGACGGGGAGGAGCAGAACACUAGAGUCAGAAAGAAACCAGCCCCUGAGGAAUUUUGCCAAGGGAAAUGCACCAUGCCAACCCAGGAGAGAAGAGUGGUCUAGCCUUGGGUUGUUUUGCUUUGUUCCACAGACAGUAGGUCCUUCCUCUCCUGGACCCUCUUUCUGUGCUUUCUAACCAACCUGCAAUUGUGGCAGAGUAAGUGCAUCAGACUGUCAUACUCUUUCCCACCAAAAAUAGGUGACUAGACACCUUAAACCCCAAGUUCCUUUCUGAGAGAAUUUGCCCAAAGUCAGUGCUACAAUUUGAGAGGGGACUACCUGGUAAAUGAGACCCAAAGCUGCAGGAGUUCAGUGAGCUUUACUUCAGUCUUGGAAUUUGGUGAGCUCUGGUGUGUGCCUUGGGUUGAAGGAUUGUGUCUCAGCUGUGUGCCUGAAGGUAGUGGGUAUGAAUCAUAGAUGGUUUUGACAGCUAGGGUCUUGAUAUGAGAUGAUCAGUGUCCCAGGCUAGCCCACAACUCCUCUAAAUGUGACUGCACUGUAGGACUCUCGAGUUUUAAUAAUCUCAGGGGCAUUGUCCUUUUACACUGUGGUGUGAGGUAAGACUUCUGUCCCCUUUCCAUGGGGACAUUGAUCGAGGGUGCGUGCUUAGAACAGGGCCUUAUGAGGAGGGUGCUGGACAGGAGGGACUGGGAAGGAAAGAGGAACUGAGACUGCUCAGCAGUGCAAAGAUCAGGGUGGGGCUGCAGCUUUAACUAUUUACUGGGCAGAAAGGAAGCUGCUCCCUUCUCCACAGGACAGGCUGUUUAGAGCCAGUUUGCUUUGAUUGGAGUUUUGCUUGUGUAUUUUAGAGGGGAGAGGGGGCAGAGAGUGUCUUGGUGUGUACCCCAGGCUGGCCUGUAAUUUGCUGUGUAUGUUGGACAUGGCUCAAACUCACAAUGCCCACAAGAGGCUCCCAGGGGCAACACCACAGGCCUGUCCCCUUGCAGCCUUUUGGACAGAGAUGAAACUCUAUGGCCGGGCUCACAUGCUGGGCAGGCCUCCUGUGUAGAAAUAUGCAGUGAUCAGCACUAACACACAUUAAUUAACCCUCCCACAAAGCAAAUUGCUCACUAAGGUGGAAACACACAUCUUCCUGAGUGUUUCUUGCAGAGCUAAUUCACAUUAACACCACAGUUAAGCUUUCAGUUUAAACUUCAGUGAUCACACAUAUCUGACUUCACGGUGUUCAUUUCCUGGGAGUUCAGACUUCUUCCUUUAGCUUGUUCUUUCAACAGUGUGUUCACAUGCUUUCCUUUAGCGGGACCUAUAUGAAUGCAUGGCCAGUCUGAACUUAUCUUGGGACAGUGUCUUUCUCCUUGCCCAGCUCUGGGUGCUUGGGAACAGUAAAGGAAAGUUUUGGUCUAUAAUAGAUAUGGAACCCUGGGCCUGUCUCCUCUCAGGUGUUGAGUGUGUCUCUACAGACCUGCCCAAGAUAAAGUUGCUGGGAAAAAAAAAGGCCAGUGGUGAAUAUUGCUUAUAUGAGCAAUUUUACCACUUGACCUAGUAAUUCAGUUUCUAGAAACCUGGUGUGUCUGUGAUUAUGCAUUCUUAGACAAUAUUACCUUCUUGUAAAAUGAAUUAUGAAUUCAAGCCCACCCUGAUGCUUUAGUCAGAAUUCAAUUCCUAGAGUCAAAAUUCUUUCCCACAAGUUUUUUUUACUUCCGGAUUCUAUUUCUUAAUUUCUGAGAUUUAGUUAUUUUUUGUGUAUCUUUUUAGGAUUCCCACCUCCCAUUCUAAUAGAUCUUUAUAUUCCUGAACAACAUCUACUUGUAGAUUUGAAGAGCUUUAUGAGAGAGCCCUUGGGCUAAUGAAAUUCAGUAGCUGCAUGCCAGCACUCAGGAUGCACCAGCAGGCAGAUCUCUAUGAGUUUAGUGCCAGCCUGAUGUAUACAUAGUGGGUCAAGGCCAGCCAAGGGGACAUAGAAAGACCCCAUCUCCAAAAGCAUAAAUGAAAAUAGUAAGAAUGAAAUAUAAAUAAAUAAAAAAUCAGCAGAUGUGAUUAGUAUUCUAAAGAGGCAGUUUGAGUGACAUUUCAUCCUUAUACAUAUUACUCUUACCAUCCUUCAGCCAUCUCCAAUCUCAGCUGUCAUGGUAUCAUGAAGCACUUGCAUUAAUAUGAAUAUGAAAUUAAGUAGCAGUUUACAGGAACUGGGGGGAUUGUGCAGAGGUUCAGAGCACUUGUUGCUCUUGCAGAGGGCCUGGGUUUAGAUCCCAGCAUGGUGGUUCACCAACAUCCCUAACUACAGUGCCAGGGGAUCCCUCUUCAGAACUCCAAGGGCACCAUGCACAUGUGUGGUGCACAGUCAUACACCAGACAAAACACUCAUUUAAAGAAGCUGCAGCUUACACGGUUUUGACUGAAGCUGUUAACCAUUAUUUUACAAACUAAUUAUGAAUGCGAUAUGAUGGCAAGGCAAAACAGAAUUCCAAACUUUCCACUUUGGAAAGAUGAUGGUGAACUCUGCCAUGGGAGAAAGAAAGCACAUCAUGUCGGGGAAAUGCUCAUUCCUUUAGCUGUGGUUUAAUGCAUGUGCUGCACAGGGGUUCUGUCCUCAACUGUCCACACAUCUGGGCAGAGCUUUGUCACUCCUUUUGGGAAGCGGCUGUAAACUGACACCAGCAUCUGUCAACCACCAUGUUAGAAAAGCAUCAUAGAUGCAGAAACUUAGCUCAAACAUUAACAGAUUGAUUCUGUCCUAGACGUGACAACAGAGUGAUGGGGUGUGCACAUAAUCGUGGGUACUUGGGAGGCUGAGGUGAGAGAAGGUUGGAGGCUGGAAUUCAGGUAACCCUGGCCAGAGAGAGAAGGAAGACAAAGGAACAAAACUGCUUCAUUCCCUCUAGGGAAACAUUAAACAAACAACAACAGCAAGAAAAUAAACCCAGAACUCAUGAAGGUUAAAUAUUUAUCUAGAAGAACCCACAUUCAGCACUGAAGGAGCACUCAUCUUUGCAGGGCUCCUGCUCUGGAGGAGGCUAUCCAACGUGAAAUUCCUUCUCUUGAGCACAAAGGACUUCAAGCAACUCAGAUUCCAGCACAAGAACCAGAGGUCAGAAAGGAGGUGAGAAAUUAUUUGGAGAAAUAAUGUCUGUAAACUCCCCAAUGUGGGUGGAAGAUGUGGAUCCACGGACAAUCACAGAGCCAUCUGGUCAAGUCGAGUGUCCAGUGGACAUUCUCCAGGGCAGGCAGCAUGCCAAGCCAGGACCUUUGAGAGACUCCAAGAAGCAACGUCAUCGGGGAAACAGAGCGAGUGCUUGCAAAAUGAGCAUCAUCCUUGAUCAGGAGACUGACUAUGCAGAACUGGUUCUCUCUGUAGGAGAAAUCACACUUGGAGAAAUGAGUAGGAAGUUAAUGAAAGAUACGCAACUAAGAAAGAGACAAGCUCAAAUUAUCUCACAGGCUGUGUGUACUCUACUGAAUUCUGGAGGGGGCGUGGUCAAGGCUCACAUUAAGAAUUCCAAUUACACCUUCACCAGAGAUGGAAUAGGACUAGAAAAUUCUUUUCGUGAUAUUCUUCCAUUUACUCAUAAAUACCUAGACUACAAACAGAACAAAGACUACUUUUUAAUUUUUGUGAAACCAUGGAUCCCAGAUAUCUCUGGUCAACGUGUCCACACCUUGAAAACCAACUUCUACAUGAGAAGUUUUUCAUCGUCACAUGAGCUGAAAGGUCCUGAUGUAGUAAAGUUCCUGAAAGGAAUGAAGUAUUCUAAAGGGAGAUUAUGUUCAAGACAAAGUUUGCCUGGAUUAUGUGACUCUGAUGAAUUACAACCAGAAUUUCUUGUCAUGUUUUUUAACAUGGAAAAGUUCACCUACAAGGAGACAUUCUGUUUCACUAAAUCCAAGCAUGCUGAAGUUAAAAUGUCCCCUAAAAAAAAGAUUUUAGAGAUCCUCCCUCAAACUGUUUCUGCAUUUGCAAACACUGACGGGGGAUAUUUGUUCAUAGGUUUAGAUGAGAAAAAGCAACAAAUAAUUGGUUUUGGAGCAGAUGAGAGCGAUCUUGCACAGCUAGAUAGCGAAAUAGAGGAGUGCAUCCGACAGCUGCCUGUCACUCACUUCUGUGAGGAGCAGGAGAAGAUCAAGUACACAUGCAGAUUCAUCCAAGUCCACAGACAGGGAGCUGUGUGUUCUUAUGUCUGUGUGCUCAGAGUGGAGAGAUUCUGCUGUGCUGUGUUCGCUGCAGAGCCAGAUUGCUGGCACGUGGAAGGCAGCCGCGUGAAGAGGUUUACCACGGAGGAAUGGGUCAGGCUCCAGAUGGACACCACACCAGUGGUGUUUAGAAAGUUGACAUGCUCUCCAGAAGCCCUCUGCAUGAAACAGUUCUCAGAAUUUGAGGGAUAUGAGCAGUUACUUUGGAAAGAGCUGGGCUCACUUCGUCAAGGAAUGCUGGUCAUCUCUAAGAACUGGACCUUGGGUCCUGGCUUGCAGAAGAAGAAGGAAGUCAUCUUGGAUGUGUUUCAUAUUUCCCAGGACAGACUCCUGACUCUGCACAGCUUUCUCCUGGGAGAUGGAGAGCUGGAAAAUGACAGCACUCUUCUGAGGGAACUUGGUGCUGAGUUAAAGAAGUAUUGUAAACAAACUGCACUAACUUUAAAGCAGAUGCUGGUAAAUUAUGGUGGUUACACAGAGAAAAUAGGUGUUGUGAUAAAGAUAAUGUACUUGUGUCAUAGGGCAGUGUCUCUAUAUGAUUCAAGCUUGAUAAUAAAUUACCCCACAAACUAUUAUCUGACAACCAAGACAGUAAGGGACUUAGAGAAGGCUCUUGCUGAUGUCUUAGGGACUGUGUAUGGACAUAAAAGUGUAGUGAUCCGUUUACCUCUUUAAUUUUAAAUAUAUAGAGUUAGAUACCUUAAUUUUUGAGGAAUGUCCUAGCUCAUGUUUGAGACGUUUUGACAUGGGAAAUGGAUUAUGACGCAAUGAUAUUUCAUGUUCUGUAGGCAAUAAUGUUCUCUCAUUCGAUAAACAUAUGGAAAAUGUGUCUUUGAAUAACUUCACAGGAAUAGAAACGAAAUUCUAGGAAAGGGAUUGCUCGUUAAAGAAGGCAAUGAUAAAACAGGGCUUUCAAAAUAUGUCCCUGAGGGGCUGGAGAGAUGGCUCAGUGGUUAAGAGUACUGGAUGCUCUUCCAGAGGAUCUGGGUUCAAUUCCCAGCACCCACAUGGUGGCUCACAUCUGCCUGCACCUCCAA